AUGCAGGAACAAUCUGCGGAAGUUGUGGGCAUUUUUGUUUCCCAAAACAUUUCAACGUCCUUUCCACCCGAGUACGUACAGAUCCUCGCAAAUGAUGUUCACAACUUCCCCCUUUCAGUCCAGGAGUCGUCAAUCUUUUUCCCUUCCACGAACAACUCCCCUCCAGCUCCAUGGCGGUCUAAUUUCCUGCUGAUGGCUGUCACUCAAAGGAGAGCCACUUUGAGAGUAUCCAUCGCUAUUCAGUGGGCCACACGGCAAAUCAUCCCCGUAUUUUUCAAAGAGGAGAAUACUGUCACCCAACACGACCACACCACGGCCCACGGCCCACGACAUGAUAACACCCACACAGCAUACACAGGAUGUACGGAGCCGCGGGAGUCGGGAACGCCAGACUCCAAAGCAGGCCCUCACACAGGACUCGAAAUACGGAUACCGACUCGAGAAUCGACAGGCGACAUGAACGCAUCGCAUUCGAACCGCCCCCCUCUGGAUCUCCAAGCCUCUUUUCCCCUGUCAAUCCCUGUGUCCCUCCAUGGUCGUCCACUGUCACCCAAAAUCUCCGCGGCUUCAUCCAGCGUCGCUACGCAGCAGAUCAGCAUUGUCAACACGUCAGAAUCACGGACCACUGCCCUGGUGUCUGGACGCCGCCUCAUCCAAAAGUCGUGGCGCUACUGGCUCUCUCUAUUGAAUGAGUGCUCGUGCUUCAAUCACAUUAUGGGACUUGCGCGACGCUCAACAGCGACAUUGUGCGACGGCUUCUUCGACGCAAUGAGCAAAUACCCCGGUAUGGCUACACAGAAUGCGGUAUCUCAGCAGGCCCCACGAGGCACGCAGGCCAAGGGCUCUAACGAGCUGGCCUUCGCGCGUUUCACCACGGUGGAUGCACAAGAUCGUCUGAUGCUCCCUCAACCCGCACUCCCAUGCUGCAUCAACCCUUAUGACUGCUUGAUUAUGGGCAUGAUUUCGACCUCCGCGGCUACUUUCCCCGCGACUCAGUGCGGCCACCCUAUGAACAUACACGGCCAAGGUCGAGCACACCGGGGCCACACCAUUGCAAACUUGGGUUCGGCUCUAGCUACUCUCUUCCUACCUCCGGCACCCCAGCGGCCUCAUCGGGUCGACUGCAAUUUGGCCACACUGCCACACGCCACCGGGCUAUACCUUGUUUUCCCGCAUCUUGAUCGAUCACUAGGCCAGCAGAAUGACCACUUUCCAAUAGGAAGCGCAAUUUCCAGGCGAGCGCCAUCGCCGCCAUGUGCUGGACGGGCAGUAGUGUGCAAGAAGAGGCGUCCCUCGACAUGUUUGGCGCAUGAAGAGCAUUGUCCGCUUACCAGACUUAGAAACCUGUUCCUGCUGAUCAUCUGGUUGUUUUCUCAAAACUUCCGAUCAUCCAUGGAUCUGUCGAGUCGGAUGAACCAUGCCGCUCCGCUUCACCAGACGCUCGGCGCCACAUCAACUCGUAGAUCAUGCAGCCAAUCUUCUCGGAUCUUCAUACCGGUUGCCUAUCACUAUCCUCUUCUUCAUCGAAACCGGAGUAAUGCUCUCAGCACCGUAAUUGUCAGGAAAGCUGUUCGGGAGCCGAGUGGGCGCUUACGGAGUCAAGAUUCACGAGCUGUUUACUCUGUUCUGCUCAGGUUUACACGACUGAAGGAGGUGCGAAGAGACCGACCGGCGAACAUUCUCGUACGCGGUGUCUUAUACACUUCCAUUCUUCCUCUGUCCACGUCACUCUGUACUAUCAAACGGCCUGUCGUAUCUAUUGCAUUUCUCAACCCUCCAUUUCUACGCCAGUCGAAGCCCUGGGGUCCCGCGUACUCAGUUGGACAUGAUACUCUAGAAGUCCGGUCACUAACCAAAUUCUGCACUGUCAAGCCAUGA